CGCGACGAAGAGGGAAGAGAAGUGAACAAGGCGAGGAAGAUAGCUAGGAAGGUGGGUUUUAAAACCAGUACAAAAGUUCAUGUUCAUUGAUAUUCGAUUUCUGUGAGACCUUUUAUGGGCGCAACGUGUUGUAUAAUUGAGAAGGAUUUGGAAGGAUUCGCGCUGAAACAGUGAAUGAACGAAGGGGCUAUAACGCCCUAAUUUCGUUCAGCAACGUUUGGAAUUACAAUCACUUCCUACCGCUUGGAAAUCAGUAUCUGGCAAUAGCAGCCUGUUUCGAUAGGCCGAGACCCGAACCACACUCCGGACUUGCACAAAAAGACAAAGUGUGUAUGGAGCACUGUGAGAAUGCGGCGUCUCUCCUGGCCUCUGUGCGGGAGCAGGAGAUGCAGUUUGAGCGUCUGACUCGGGCUCUGGAGGAGGAGAGGAGGAGCGUGGGACCAUCGGGUACCCUCCCCCGCCCCCUCCCCACCCUGCAGAACGGGCGUGUCACUGGUGAUGCGGAGUUAGAGAGACUCAAACUGAGCGAGGGAUAUAUCAACGGGACACAGUACAGGAUGUUAGACCCAGGUCAUGUCGUCGAGCAGACGUUCACUGUAGAGGAGGACCCUCAGGAGGCUCCCUCUGUCGUCUCCGUGGAGACCAACGAUGACGGAACCACACGCCGGACCGAAACCACAGUUAAGAAGGUCACCAAGACCACCACCACACGCACGGUCAUCCCGUCGAUGUCGGACACAAUGUCCCUGGAUGGCAGCAACUCUGUGACGGGGAUGGGUUACGGAGGACCCAUGUACCGGCAACCGGGUGGUCCAGCGGACUACCCGACCAACACUGUCCCCAGAAACUACCACUACGGCCCACCAGGUGCCUACGAUGACUACCGUGGCGGCCCACCCUCAGACGCCUAUGCCAGCCUCAACCGUGGCAUGCGAAUGGACCCAAACUACAGGCCGCCUGACACCUACCGCACACUGGACCCUAACUACAGGGCGCACAGCCGGCCUCAGCUGGACCCAUACGCGGCACAGCCCCAGGUGGGGCGCAUGGGCAGUGCCCUGGAGCUGUCGGGCAUGCAGCGCUUCGUGCCCGAGCCCUACGGCCUGGAGGACGACCGGCGCAGCCUGGGCUACGCCGACGACCCUGACUACGGCAUGGGGCCUCCGAUGCACUACAGCACCAUGCCUCGUCUAGCACACGGCCACCCCAUGCACGCCCCGCCACCACGCCGAACUGGGAGUUAUGAAGGCAUCCUGGAUGGAGACAUGAGUGGACCUGGGGAUAUGUACUACUGGGGCGGCAAUGUGCCCCUGGCUGAGUGCGAGAGGGGCAGCAUGGCCUCGUUGGACAGCACCCUCCGCAAGGGCCCAGCCCCCACCACAUGGCGACAGCCCGAGCUGCCUGAGGUCAUCGCCAUGCUCAACUACCGCCUGGACCCGGUCAAGAGCAAUGCUGCUGCCUACCUGCAGCAUCUCACCUUCAGGAACGACAAGGUGAAAUCUGAGGUGCGCCGUAUGAAGGGCAUCCCUGCCCUGGUCUCCAUGCUGGACAACCCAAAGAAGGAGGUGCACCACGCUGCCUGCGGUGCUCUCAAGAACAUCUCCUACGGCCGCGACCCUGACAACAAGAUCGCCAUCAAGAACUGCGACGGCAUCCCUGCGCUGGUGCGCUUGCUGCGCAAGACCCGCGACCAGGACCUCACCGAUACCAUCACAGGCACCCUGUGGAACCUGUCGUCUCAUGACUCUGUGAAGAUGGAGAUUGUGGACCACGCGCUGCACGCGCUCUCAGACGAGGUGAUGGUGGCCCACUCGGGCUGGGAGAGGGGCAGCGGAGGCGGGGGCGGAGAGGAGAACUGCAAGCCCCGACACCUAGAGUGGGAGACGUCCCUCACCAACACGGCCGGCUGCCUGAGGAACGUGAGUUCAGAGCGCAGUGAGGCCAGGAGGAAGCUGCGAGAGUGCAAUGGAUUGGUCGAUUCUCUCAUGUAUAUCGUCCAGUCACAGAUCGACUGUAAAUCUGUCGAUAAUAAGCUGAUAGAGAACAGUGUGUGUCUGCUGAGGAACCUGUCCUAUCAGGUGCAUAGAGAGGUGCCCAACUGCGAGCGCUACCAGGAGGCCGCCCCACUCAACCAAGGGCCUGUCCCCGCACAGAAGACCGGAUGCUUCAGCUCACGCAAGGGCAAAGACGAGUGGUUUUCCAAAGGGAGGAAGGAUGAUGAUGGAUCUGCUGAUGUGAUUGAAAUUCCGAAGAGGACCACACCUGCUACAGGUUAUGAGCUGCUGUACCAGCCGGAGGUGGUGCGCAUCUACACAUCACUCCUGAAGGAGAGCAAGAACCCAUCGGUGCUGGAGGCCGCGGCCGGAGCUGUGCAGAACCUGUGUGCUGGACGCUGGAGCUAUGGGCGGUACAUCCGGGCGGUGAUGCGACAGGAGAAGGGCCUGCCCAUCAUGACGGAACUGUUGGCUCAUGGCAAUGACCGCGUGGUGCGUGCCAUGUCUGGGGCACUCCGCAACUUGGCCAUUGACGCCCGCAACCGUGACCUGCUCGGGAAGCAUGCGGUGCCGCACCUGGUGGCCAACCUGCCGGGCGGGGGUCAGAGCCAGCCGGUGCGCGGGCUGAGCGAGGAGACGGUGGUGUCGGUGCUCAGCACGCUGGCCGAGGUGGUGGGCUCCAGCGUGGAGGCCGCCAAGACACUGCGCGCCUCGCAAGGCAUCGAGAGGCUCGUGCUCAUCAACAAGGACGGGAACCGCUCUGAGCGGGAGGUGCGUGGUGCAGGCUUGGUGCUGCAGAUCGUGUGGGGCUUCAAGGAGCUGCGGCGCACGCUGGAGAAGGACGGCUGGAAGAAGUCCGACUUCAUGGUGAACCUCAACCCCCCGACCACCACGCGCAGCAAUGGAGGCUACGAGGACAGCACGCUGCCCCUCAUCGACAGGGGAGGCAAGCAAGACCGUGAGAGAGAUAUGAUUCCACUGAAUGACAUGGGACCAGAUGCGUACUCUACACUGGACCAGAGAGGCCGGAGGAACACUUUGGACAACGCCCUGGACACGGACAGAGACGCCGCACAGGGAGGGAUGUAUGGGGAGAGGCGUGGCUCUAUGCCUCUGCUGGAAUCUUACGACGGUUAGGCCACUCCCCCCUCCCCCAAAAAAAGUGCAUGAUCCAGCAUGAAAAACUGAUUGUCUGCAUUACUCGAGGAGAGCGCCCUCUUCCUGCCUACUGUCCCUGCUGAGCCUUUGGGACUCUUAAGGGACAACAGCUAGUAGUGAUUCAAGACAAGACACUCAAUCUCUUUAUGUCUCUCUCUGUUUCUCUCCAUGUAUUUCAAAACGCCAAUCCCUAUUCACAUUGAAAGCUUGAGGACCACUGUCUAAGGACAGACACUAUAGAACUUUUGCUGUUUCUUUUUUGGGAUUUUAUUUUGUUUCUUCUCUCACCAUCCACAGAAUGCCAUCUGAAUAGCUAAGGACAGACCUACUAAAACACUAAGGAGGAGGAGAUCCUCUUUCAGUCUCCUCUCUCCCUCUCCCCCUCUCCAUCUCGCCUAACUGCUACUGAAAUUUUUUCAGCAAGCCAACCAUGAAAGCAUAAGUCAUGACCACUCUAAAGUCCCCUCCCUAGCUACCUCCCUUAGUGACGCCACACUCUGGACGAAUGGUCACCUCCACACAGGCUUCUGUCACACUGCUGACUCUCACAACCUGAGCUCCUCUAAGACUGACUCCUCAAUGAGCUGUGACUACCAUCACCAAACUGAUUAACUUACCACUACAGUGUGACACUCACACUCUCACACUCUCACACUCUCACACUCACACACACACACACACACACACACUCACACACACACACACUCACACACAAUCACAAGGGACUUCUUCGUCAUAUUGUGAAACUAAAAGUUCCUUUUUGUCUUACUAUCUUCCUUUCCUUUUCAUUUUAAUAUGAUUUAUUUUUUCAUUGGUGGUUGGGAGGCUCAUUAGAAACGUGCAACAGUGUUUAUCGAUUAGUUGUAUAGUAAACCGUGUAUUGAUUUUGCAUCGCUAACUUAGUCCUGGUUUAUCCGGCUGUCUGAGUCAAACAAAUGACUGGCUUUGUGCCAAAGGCUGUCUACCAUUUGCUGGCGCUGGGUUAAAAAAUGUACAUAGAACACUCGCAAAACUGAAUACAUGGUUCCGCACUACAUUUAAUAUAUAUGAAUAUAUAUGUUGGGAGAGAAGCAGGGGCCAAGUUGUAAUUUUAGUCUUUGCCCCCCAAUUCAGUCCAGAUGACCAUUGCAACCCAUUCCCAGUUCACAACUGGCUAGUUGAAUGUGUUGGUAGCUGUUAUCAUGGAAACGCCUGUGGAGUUUUGCCCAACAUUCCAUAGUCUCUGAGGAGACCAUGUCAGAAGGGCAUCAAUGGGAGAGGGGGGGGGGGGGGGGCACUGGAAGAAAAGCGCCACUGCAAAGAAUUAAUGGAGAUGUAGGCAGCUGCUGGCUGCUGUGAUGAUGCUGGACUUAAGUCUCAGUUUUUCUUAAGCAGUUCUGUCUUAUGCAAGGGCAAACAGCAGAUUUGAUUGUUGACCCGGUAUGCUUUCUUUUCCAAAGUCUGAAUAUACAUGAAUGUGUAAAUAUGUGACAGCAUCCAACAAUCCGCUGUAUUGUCUUUGAGUGCCUCACUCACGGAUGGGGUUUUUUUUUUUUGUUUGUUUGUUUUUUUUGUUGUUUUUUUUUUUGUGUGUGUGUGUAUGUGUGUGUGUGUGUGUGUGUAGACACAACACAUUUUCUGUGUGUGUGUGUGUGAAAGGGUUUUCUGAAGGGCAUGGCAGUGUUGCUUUACAACUGCUCCUUAUGUGUGGUAUUGCUUGCAUACUGUGUCUUCGGUAGCCAAGUUUUAUUUGUUUUGGAUUGGCUGGUGGUUUUUCAGAUUCGGGUGUAACCCUGCUUGUUUCUUGAGUUCCUAGAAGUACAGUGCUUGUUCCUUAGACUGCAUAUUCCAAAUGCACAGUAACAAAGUCUGAUGUAGAUAAUUACUGAAUGGAUACUAUAGCACUAGGAGGUGGGGAAUAUUUUACUGUUUUGUUUUUACCCUUUUUAUUGGUUUCCAUUUUUUUUUUUUAAUUUUUUUUUUUAAGAAAGUCAUGUUGAGUCAUUUGUUGUAUUUAACACUAAUCAUUUGACCCACAAGUGCAAGCAAGCGGUGUCAUGAUGGCCGUUACUACGUAUUACUGAAAGUGACGUGGAGACUAUAUUCCAUUGGUUAAGUGACCGUGGCGACUAUAUUCCAUUGGUUAAGUGACCGUGAGUGUCAAGAGGGAAGUGGUUCAAAGAAUCUGUUGAAUUCCUAAUGGAGAAUGCAACACUCGGUCUGAUUGAGGCAAGGGCAACAUUUUUGAUUCUAGCUUGAUAUUUAGAUUUAAAAAAUAAAAAGCACAUUUAACUAUAUAUACAAGAGAAUAUUUGUUAAGUUUAAUUAUUUUCCUCUUGGUUUUAUGUCCUUUUUCCUUUUUUAUAUUAUGAUUUUGGGGGUAUUCUGUGGGUGCUGUGGGUGAAUGCAUAUGCAAUCAGUUUUAUUUUUUAAUUAAAUACAUUUAUGGUUUAUAUCUUUUAAUUAAAAACAAAACAAGAAAAAAAAGUCAUGUCACCUUUCGUCAGUCCUUAUUGCUCUGAUUCUGCAACACUAAUCAGAAAAUGAUUUCAGAUGAGUAAUCUCUGUUUGCCUUGGCUCUUAAAGUUGCACCUUUCUUUCAUGGAUGGAAUAUGUAACUAGCAAUACUGUUUUUAAUAAUAAAAGAAUGAUUUUUUUCAACAUC